AUGAGGCCCGCGGACCUCGAGCAUCCCAGCGCGCCCGGCCGGCGGCCUCCGCUGCGUCUGCUGCUCCUGUUUCUGCUGCUGCCGCCCGUAACCCGCGCCCAGACCACGCCGGGCGCUCUCAGAUCCCCCAUCACGCUGGGCACUCCCAGUGUCCCGACCACCCCGGGCACCGCCACCACACCGGACACCCCCAAUACCCUCCCCUCGCCCGUGCCCCCCAGCGACCGAGCCCUGAGGGGGCGCGUGCGGGCCCUGAUGCGGGAAUUCCCGCUCGUGGACGGCCACAACGCCUUGCCCCGGCUCCUGAGACAGCUUUACCAGAACCGGCUACGGGAUGUUAACCUGCGCAAUUUCAGCCAUGGCCAGACCAGCCUGGACAGGCUUAGAGAUGGCCUCGUGGGUGCCCAGUUCUGGUCAGCCAACGUCCAGUGCCAGGCCCAGGAACAGGAUGCUGUGCGCCUCGCCCUGGAACAGAUUGACCUUAUUCGCCGCAUGUGUACCUCCUACUCUGAACUGGAGCUUGUGACCUCAGCUGAAGGUCUGAACAGCUCUCAGAAGCUGGCCUGCCUCAUUGGUGUGGAGGGUGGUCACUCACUGGACAGCAGCCUCUCCGUGCUGCGCAGUUUCUAUUUGCUGGGAGUGCGCUACCUGACAAUCACUUCCACCUGCAGCACGCCCUGGGCAGAGAGUUCUAACAAGCUCAUAUACCACUUGUACACCAACAUCAGCGGGUUGACAAGCUUUGGUGAGAAAGUGGUGGAAGAAAUGAACCGCCUGGGCAUAAUGAUAGACUUGUCCUAUGCAUCGGAUGCCUUGGUGAGGCGGGUACUGGAAGUGUCGCAGGCUCCUGUGAUCUUCUCCCACUCAGCUGCCAGGGCUGUGUGUGACAAUUUUAUGAAUGUUCCUGAUGACAUCCUGAAGCUUCUGAAGAAAAAGGGUGGCAUCGUGAUGGUGACACUGUCCAUGGGGGUGCUGCAGUGUGAACCGUUUGCUAACGUGUCCACCGUGGCAGAUCACUUUGACCACAUCAGGGAAGUCAUUGGACCUGAGUUCAUCGGUAUUGGUGCAAAUUAUGACGGGUUUGACUGGUUCCCUCGGGGGCUGGAGGACGUGUCUACAUACCCAGUACUGAUAGAGGAGUUGCUGAGUCGUGGCUGGAGUGAGAAAGAGCUUCAAGGUGUCCUUCGAGGAAAUCUGCUGCGGGUCUUCAGACAAGUGGAACAGGUGAGAGAGGCAAACAGCUGGCAGAGCCCUGUGGAGGCUGAAUUUCCAGACAGGCAUCAGAACAGGUCCUGCCACUCCUACCUCCUGUCUCAGAAUGGACCCCUGGUUACAGGCCAGGAGACAGCCAAGUGGCCAAUCAGUCAUGACCUCCAGAGGCCCUCAAAAGCCUCUCCAUACCUUGUUCCAGGCCUCAUGGUUGCUGCCACCCUCCCAAAUCUCAUCCAGUGGUGCUGGUGACCUGGCCAGGCCUCCCCGAGUUCACUGUGGCAAAGUCCCACAAAACCACCCUCCUAGCCCAUGCACAAGCAUAUGCUGAGAAUAAACAUUUUA